AUGUUCCCCUGCACGUAUGGAAAAACAACUCGUUCCGGAGUCACACUCGAAUUGCCCAAAACGGUUUAAAAGCUGCCCAAAACUGCUAUCAGGCAAGGCCCAAAAUUCCUAUUUGAUUUUAGUUUGUGCGGCACUCAGCAACACGAAAUAAUUGAGUUAAUGAUUAUAGCAUAGUAAUUAGAGCAUUUUUGUAAUUUGUCUAUAAAUGCACAUCACGAGAAAGUAUGUUAUGGCGCCAUCUGCUGGAGUAGUCUUGAAUGGAUGUCGUCACUAGUUACCACAGCUGCAAAGUCAUAAUUAUGGUUUAACCACAGUUUCAUACUGUACUGUUUUUGGCAAAACCCCGUCUAUUUCUGAAAUGUAUCUGAUUUUAAACCUAACCACAUUGCUAACCUUAUACCUGACCCUAACCUUAAAUGAAAACUAAAAAGCACAUUUUUGUUUUCAUGAAUUUUUACAAUAGAGCCAAUUUUGAUUUUGUGGCUGUAUUAGUGGGAAUCCUCUUGAACGCGACUCCAUCGAAGUCGCAUCUAAAUUACGUAAAUUUAAAGCGUCUGAGCUGUCAUUCUUUUGUGUUUAAUUCUCAACUAGCUACGACGUUUUAGAAAUGCAUUUUUCUUCGUUCCGUUAGCUAAUUGGAUAAAAUGUAUGUAGUGAUUCUAUGAAUAUGGACUGGCGGGAAUAGCCUUAAUGUCGAUUGACUGUGUGUACAUAAAAAAAUGAACAAAGGGUGGCUGGAACUCGAGAGUGACCCGGGUAAGAAGCUAACGCUAGCUAACGUUAACCAAUUCGUUGUCAAAUAUAAUCUAAUCUGUAAUCUGAAUGUUUGAUAAUCUCUAUUUUUACUGUCAGUAAACACAUCAAUACGUUUAAUAAUGGCAACUGACGUUAUAGUCGUAUGUCAAUGCCACAGCUAACGUUAAAAGCUACAUUGAUUGUUCCUUAGCCAGUUGCACCAGGAGGAAUAAUAAUAUGUGUUUGUAUGGUCGAUGCAAUAGUGUUAAACGCUCCAUUAACGUGUGGGUUGCUAUGGUGUUUGCAGGGCUGUUCACGCUCUUGGUGGAGGAUUUUGGUGAGUUGAUUUGACAGGUUGGUUGUUAAAGUAACAUGUACUAGAUAAGUUUGAACAGCACAUACUUUGAGCAUCCCUUUGUGUGUUUUGCAUGUGUGUUUAUAAUGUAGGUGUGAAGGGGGUCCAGGUAGAGGAGAUAUACGACCUACAAAGCAAGUGUCCAAGGUAUGGAGUAAUGCUAAUCAGGCUACUGCCACUAUCCCAAAUGGCACCCUAUUCUCUAGCCCAAGAUGUAUUCUUAAGGAGCCUAACGUUAUACCCUUACUUCUUAAGGUCCAGGGACCAGAGGUAGGCUGGCUCUGGCAGCCAAAACAGCCAAAUACUCCAUCUAAACAUGAGUUGAUACACAAUUGUGGUACAGUUCUAGAAACAUAAAGCCAUCUACUUUCAUAUCACAUGAAAACGAUUUCACAAAUGCAAAAUACACACUUACCGUUUUAACCGGCAUUAUCACAGUUGCAGCCAACAGUAUUUUUCUGUGAGAACAUAUUUCUGGCGGCCUUCUUCCAUUACACACAGGUGUAGAUAGCUAACUAGCACAGGUGUUCCCUCUGUCUUCUGUAAACACGCGCUGUAACAUGGAUAUAUGGCUGUGUGGGAACACCAACCCUGUAAAGGUGUGUAUCAAUUUAUAGUUUUGUUUUUUGAAAGUUAUUUCUCACUAAUAUGAAAGAUACACUAUAUAUACAAAAGUAUGUGGACUCCCCUUCAAAUUAGUGGAUUCGGUUAUUUCAGGUGUAUAAAAUAAAGUACACAGCCAUGCAAUCUCCAUAGACAAACAUUGGCAGUAGAAUGGCCUAACUGAAGAGCUCAGUGACUUUCAACGUGGCACCGUCGUGGAUGCCACCUUUCCAACAAGUCAGUUCGUCAAAUUUCUGCCCUGCUAGAGCUGCCUUGGUCAACUCUAAGUGCUCUUAUUGUGAAGUGGAAACAUCUAGGAGCAACAACGACUCAGCCGCGAAGUGGUAGGCCACAAAAGCUCACAGAACGGGACCACCGAGUGCUGAAGCGCGUAAUAAACGUCUGUCCUCUGUUGCAACACUCACUACCGAGUUCCAAACUGCCUCUGGAAGCAACGUCAGCACAAUAACUGUUUGUCGGGAGCAUCAUGAAAUGAGUUUCCAUGGCCGAGCAGCCACACACAAGCCUAAGAUCACCAUGGGCAAUGCCAAGCCUCGGCUGGAGUGGUGUAAAGCUCGCCACCAUUGGACUCUGGAGCAGUGGAAAUGCAUUCUCUGGAGUGAUGAAUCAUGCUUCACCAUCUGGCAGUCUGACGGACGAAUCUGGUUUUGGUGGAUGCCAGGAGAAUGCUACCUGCCCCACUGCAUAGUGCCAACUGUAAAAUUUGGUGGAGGAGGCAUAAUGGUCUGGGGCUGUUUUUCAUGGUUCGGGCAAGGCCCCUUAGUUCCAGUGAAGGGAAAUCUUAACGCUACAGCAUACAGUGAGGGAAAAAAGUAUUUGAUCUCCUGCUGAUUUUGUACAUUUGCCCACUGACAAAGACAUGAUCAGUCUAUCAUUUUAAUGGUAGGUUUAUUUGAACUGUGAGAGACAGAAUAACAACAACAAAAUCCAGAAAAACUCAUGUCAAAAAUGCUAUAAAUUGAUUUGCAUUUAAAUGAGGGAAAUACGUAUUUGACCCCUCUGCAAAACAUGAUUUAGUACUUGGUGGCAAAACCCUUGUUGGCAAUCACAGAGGUCAGACGUUUCUCGUAGUUGGCCACCAGGUUUGCACACAUCUCAGGAGGGAUUUUGUUCCACUCCUCUUUGCAAAUCUUCUCCAAGUCAUUAAGGUUUCGAGGCUGACGUUUGGCAACUCGAACCUUCAGCUCCCUCCACAGAUUUUCUAUGGGAUUAAGGUCUGGAGACUGGCAAGGCCACUCCAGGACCUUAAUGUGCUUCUUUUUGAGCCACUCCUUUGUUGCCUCGGCCGUGUGUUUUGGGUCAUUGUUAAUGCUGGAAUACCCAUCCACGACCCAUUUUCAAUGCCCUGGCUGAGGGAAGGAGGUUCUCACCCAAGAUUUGACGGUACAUGGCCCCGUCCAUCGUCCCUUUGAUGCGGUGAAGUUGUCCUGUCCCCUUAGCAGAAAAACACCCCCAAAGCAUAAUGUUUCCACCUCCAUGUUUGACAGUGGGGAUGGUGUUCUUGGGGUCAUAGGCAGCAUUCCUCCUCCUCCAAACACGGCGAUUUGAGUUGAUGCCAAAGAGCUUGAUUUUGGUCUCAUCUGACCACAACACUUUCACCCAGUUCUCCUCUGAAUCAUUCGGAUGUUCAUUGGCAAACUUCAGACGGCCCUGUAUAUGUGCUUUCUUGAGCAGGGGGACCUUGCGGGCGCUGCAGAAUUUCAGUCCUUCACGGCGUAGUGUGUUACCAAUUGUUUUCUUGUAGCCCAUUCCAGCCUUGUGUAGGUCUACAAUCUUGUCCCUGACAUCCAUGGAGAGCUCUUUGGUCUUGGCCAUGGUGGAGAGUUUGGAAUCUGAUUGAUUGCUUCUGUGGACAGGUGUCUUUUAUACAGGUAACAAGCUGAGAUUAGGAGCACUCCCUUCAAGAGUGUGCUCCUAAUCUCAGCUCGUUACCUGUAUAAAAGACACCUGGGAGCCAGAAAUCUUUUGAUUUCUCAUAAAAAUGCAAAUCAAUUUAUAACAUUUUUGACAUGCGUUUUUCUGGAUUUUUUUGUUGUUAUUCUGUCUCUCACUGUUCCAAUAAACCUACUAUUAAAAUUAUAAACUGAUCAUUUCUUUGUCAGUGGGCAAACGUACAAAAUCAGCAGGGGAUCAAAUACUUUUUCCCCUCACUGUACAAUGACAUUCUAGAUGAUUCUGUGCUUUCAACUUUGUGGCAACAGUUUGGGGAAGGCCCUUUCCUGUUUCAGCAUGACAAUGCCCCCGUUCACAAAGCGAGGUCCAUACAGAAAUUGUUUGUCGAGAUCGGUGUGGAAGAACUUGAUUGGCCUGCACAGAGCCCUGACCUCAACCCCAUCGAACACCUUUGGGAUUAAUUGAAACGCAGACUGCGAGCCAGGCCUAAUCGCCCAACAUCAGUUGUCCAAUGACUCUUAUGCUGUGUUUAGACAUGGGACGCAAAAACCAUCAUACCAGUCAGCAUAGCGGGGCAAGAAAGACGGUGACUGCAAAAGCAAGCCAGCACUACGGCGCACAGAUAUAACAAUGAGACAGAUAUUUCACUGGAUGUAUAAAUGUGAAGCAUCCGCUUGGCUUUUCCACUCACUACCAAAUAUGGUAGUGGGAGGAAGCCAAGUGUCCGGCAAUGGGAGAAGCUGGAACAAGAUGGAUUUUGGCCGACAUUCUGCAAAUUUUCUCAUCAAUGAAACAUUUGAUCUCAAUACAGUUUUCUGUUCCCAAAACUAGAAUCUGUUACGAACAGAAUGGACAACAUUUUGUAGACUUUACCCUUUGCUAAAGUCUUUACAAAAUUACAUUGUUUAGAAGGAGUGCAAAGGCGAAUUUAGUUGUUACACACGCGCACUUCACAGAGUAGGCAUUCCCUAACGGAAUUAUGUAAAUAUAUCGCCAAUAGGAUCUCGCAAGCUCGUGCUUGGCUCUGCCCUCUGACUCAUUUGUUCCCAUUUGAAAUGACUGGCUGUGGUCUAUCUUGGUUUAGUUAUAAAAAUCUUUGACGAUGGUAUACGUUGCUAUGGGGAUUUCAGUAAACAAACAUCCGGUAGAAAAUGUAAUGGAACUGAGAGUCAUGAUCAAGGGCUACUUAUUCCCUACAUAUUGCACUACUUUUGACCAGAGCCCUAUGUCACACUGUGUGACAACCUCUUUGAAAUCCUUACUAAUGUAAAUUAAGCCCACUGUGUAUGGAGACCCAAAUCUAUGGACCACUGUCUGAUUGUUGACUAACUCCUGUCAUCCCCCCUAGCCCCGUGUAUGGCUUCAUCUUCCUGUUCAAGUGGAUCGAGGAGCGAAGGUCUAGGAGGAAAGUCUCCACCUUGGUGGAUGAGACCUCUGUCAUCGAUGAUGACAUUGUUAAUGACAUGUUCUUUGCCCACCAGGUGAGUCUGUUUAAUCCUCAACUACACUGUAGGGUUCAGAGCAGUCAGUUUGCACUAAUACUGAUUUGCAUGCAUUGCGGCUAUAUUGUUGUCAGGAUGUGGUGCAUUCCGUCAUUUCCUACUGUGGGAUGGUGUCAUAGAAAGGCAUUGUUUUUAUUUUCUUUCUGCUAUUGAGUUCCUUUACACUGUUAUUAUUUCUGUGCACAGCUGAUCCCAAACUCCUGUGCCACCCAUGCACUUCUGAGCGUGCUCCUGAACUGUAGUGGGGUUGAGUUGGGCACUACCCUUAGUCGCAUGAAGACCUUCACUAAAGGCUUUGGCCCAGAGGUGAGGCGUACACACACACCACACACCUCUCUCCAAUUUUUUCUGUGGUGUCAUUAUUAUUCACAUUUUACAUUAUGGUAUUUUAUGUUCUUUUAGAGUAAAGGCUACGCCAUUGGAAAUGCCCCAGAGCUGGCUAAAGCACACAACAGCCAUGCCAGGUAGGAUGCACUGUUGCAUCUGUCCCUUCCUAGUGUGUAUGCCUCUUCAUUCUGGGUCUACCACUAGGUUUUAUUCACUAGGCACAUAAGAAAAGACUGAAACAGGGAAUGACCUACCUGAACUUGUCCAAUAAGAAACGAUUGUGUUCAUUUUUCAUUGCAAAAUGUUUUGCUACCUGUGCACCAAUGAAUACAAUAACCCUGAUGUAUACAAACGUGGCUCUGCCACCCAUGGUUGAUUGGUCUUGCAUGGAAAGGGCCGCAGGUGACGUUCAGCUCUGUCCGAUUCCCACACCUCUUCCUUCUCUUGUUUCCAUGGAGACCGGAGCCCAGGCACCUGCCGGAGAAGCAGAACGGGAUUAGCGCUGUGCGGACCAUGGAAGCAUUCCACUUUGUCAGCUACGUUCCCAUCAAAGACCGCUUGUUUGAGCUAGACGGCCUCAAGGCGUACCCCAUUGACCACGGUAAGACUGCACACUGUGAUAGACUUAGAGAAGCAGCAUUGUACCGCUAACUCACGUUAAGACUGAGAACCAGUGUGGUACCGCUAACUCACGUUGAGACUUAAAGAACGGUUUGGCAAUAUAACCCUUCAAAUCAACUUUUAUUGGUCACAUACACAUAUUUAGCAGAUGUUAUUGCAGGUGUAGCGAAAUGCUUGUGUUCCUAGCUCCAACAGUGUAGUAGUAUCUAACAAUUCACAAUAAUACACACAAAGUAAAGUAAUGGAAUUAAGAAAUAUAUACAGUGCCUUGACUUUUUCCACAUUUUGUUACAUUACAGGCGUAUUCUAAAAUGGAUCAAAUCAAUAAAAAUCCUCAGCAAUUUACACACAAAACCCCAUAAUGACAAAGCGAAAACAGUUUUUUUGAAAUUUUAGCAAAUGUAUUAAAAAUAAAAAACAUACCUUAUUGACAUAAGUAUUCAGACCCUUUGCUAUGCGACUCGAAAUUGAGUUCAGGUGCAUCCUGUUUCCAUUGAUCAUCCUUGAGAUGUUUCUACAACUUGAUUGGAGUCCAGCUAUGGUAAAUUCAAUUGAUUGGACAUGAUUUGGAAAGGCAUACACCUGUCUAUAUAAGGUCCCACAGUUGACAGUGCAUGUCAAAGCAAAAACCAAGCCAUGAGGUCGAAGGAAUUGUCCGUAGCGCCCCCCGAGACAGGAUUGUGUCGAGGCACAGAUCUGGGGAAGGGUACCAAAAAAUGUCUGCAGCAUUGAAGGUUCCCAAGAACACAGUUGCCUCCAUCAUUCUUAAAUGGAAGAAGUUUGGAACCACCAAGACUCUUCCUAGAGCUGGCUGCCUGCCAAACUGAGCAAUCGGAGUAGAAGGGCCUUGGUCAGGGAGGUGACCAAGAACCCGAUGGUCACUCUGACAGAGCUCUAGAGUUCCUCUGUGGAGAUGGUUGUCCUUCUGGAAGUUUCUCCCAUCUCUGCAGCACUACACCAAUCAGGCCUUUAUGGUAGAUUGGCCAGACGGAAGCAACUCUUCACUAAAAGGCACGUGACAGUCCGCUUGGAGUUUGCCAAAAGGCACCUUAACACUCUCAGACCAUGAGAUGAAACCAAGAUUGAACUCUUUGGCCUGAAUUCCAAGCGUCACGUCUGGAGGAAACCUGGCACCAUCACUAAGGCGAAGCAUGGUGGUGGCAGCAUCAUGCUGUGGGUAUGUUUUUCAGCGGCAGGGACUGGGAGACUAGUCAGGUUUGAGGCAUAGAUGAAUGGAUCAAAGUACAGAGAGUUCCUUGAUGAAAACCUGCUCAGGACCUCAGACUGGGGCGAAGGUUCACCUUCCAACAGGACAAUGACCCUAAGCACACAGCCAAGACAACGCAGGAGUGGCUUCAGGACAAGUCUCUGAAUGUCCUUGAGUGGCCCAGCCAGAGCCCGGACUUGAACCCGAGCGAACAUCUCUGGAGAGACCUGAAAAUAGCUGUGCAGCAAUGCUCCCCAUCCAACCUGCAGAGAAGAAUGGGAGAAACUCCCCAAAUACAGGUGUGCCUAGCUUGUAGCGUCAUGACCAAGAAGACUAGAUGCUGUAAUCGCUGCCAAAGGUGCUUCAACAAAGUACUGAGUAAAGGGUCUGAAUACUUACAGUGGGGGAAAAAAAGUAUUUAGUCAGCCACCAAUUGUGCAAGUUCUCCCACUUAAAAAGAUGAGAGUACACGUCGACUAUGACAGACAAAAUGAGAUUUUUCUUUCCAGAAAAUCACAUUGUAGGAUUUUUAAUGAAUUUAUUUGCAAAUUAUGGUGGAAAAUAAGUAUUUGGUCAAUAAAAAAAGUUUCUCAAUACUUUGUUAUAUACCCUUUGUUGGCAAUGACACAGGUCAAACAUUUUCUGUAAGUCUUCAGAAGGUUUUCACACACUGUUGCUGGUAUUUUGGCCCAUUCCUCCAUGCAGAUCUCCUCUAGAGCAGUGAUGUUUUGGGUCUGUCGCUGGGCAACACAGACUUUCAACUCCCUCCAAAGAUUUUCUAUGGGGUUGAGAUCUGGAGACUGGCUAGGCCACUCCAGGACCUUGAAAUGCUUCUUACGAAGCCACUCCUUCGUUGCCCGGGCGGUGUGUUUGGGAUCAUUGUCAUGCUGAAAGACCCAGCCACAUUUCAUCUUCAAUGCCCUUGCUGAUGGAAGGAGGUUUUCACUCAAAAUCUCACGAUACAUGGCCCCAUUCAUUAUUUCCUUUACACGGAUCAGUCGUCCUGGUCCCUUUGCAGAAAAACAGCCCCAAAGCAUGAAGUUUCCACCACCAUGCUUCACAGUAGGUAUGGUGUUCUUUGGAUGCAACUCAGCAUUCUUUGUCCUCCAAACACGACGAGUUGAGUUUUUACCAAAAAGUUAUAUUUUGGUUUCAUCUGACCAUAUGACAUUUUCCCAAUCCUCUUCUGGAUCAUCCAAAUGCACUCUAGCAAACUUCAGACGGGCCUGGACAUGUACUGGCUUAAGCAGGGGGACACGUCUGGCACUGCAGGAUUUGAGUCCCUGGCGGCGUAGUGUGUUACUGAUGGUAGGCUUUGUUACUUUGGUCCCAGCUCUCUGCAGGUCAUUCACUAGGUCCCCUCGUGUGGUUCUCGGAUUUUUGCUCACCGUUCUUGUGAUCAUUUUGACCCCACGGGGUGAGAUCUUGCGUGGAGCCCCAGAUCGAGGGAGAUUAUCAGUGGUCUUGUAUGUCUUCCAUUUCCUAAUAAUUGCUCCCACAGUUGAUUUCUUCAAACCAAGCUGCUUACCUAUUGCAGAUUCAGUCUUCCCAGCCUGGUGCAGGUCUACAAUUUUGUUUCUGGUGUCCUUUGACAGCUCUUUGGUCUUGGCCAUAGUGGAGUUUGGAGUGUGACUGUUUGAGGUUGUGGACAGGUGUCUUUUAUACUGAUAACAAGUUCAAACAGGUGCCAUUAAUACAGGUAACGAGUGGAGGACAGAGGAGCCUCUUAAAGAAGUUGUUACAGGUCUGUGAGAGCCAGAAAUCUUGCUUGUUUGUAGGUGACCAAAUAUUUAUUUUCCACCAUAAUUUGCAAAUAAAUUCAUAAAAAAUCCUACAAUGUGAUUUUCUGGAUUUUUUUAUUCUCAAUUUGUCUGUCAUAGUUGACGUGUACCUAUGAUGAAAAUUACAGGCCUCUCUCAUCUUUUUAAGUGGGAGAACUUGCACAAUUGGUGGCUGACUAAAUACUUUUUUUCCCCACUGUAUGUAAAUGUGAUAUGUACGUUUAUUUUCUUUUUUUUUACAUUUGUUUGAAAAAAAAAAAAAAGACCUGUUUUUGCUUUGUCAUUAUGUGGUAUUGUGUGUAGAUUGAGGGGGGGGGAAACAAUUUAAUCAAUUUUAGAAUAAGGCUGUAACGUAACAAUGUGGAAAAAGUCAAGUGGUCUGAAUACUUUCCGAAGGCACUGUAAAUAUUAGGACAAUCAAUGUCGGCGUGACAUUGACUAAAAUACAGUAUAGUAGAAUACAGUAUAUGAAAUGAGUAAAGCAGUAUGUAAACAUUAUUAAAGUGACUAGUGUUCCAUUAUUAAAGAGACCAGUGAUUCCAAGUCAAAUCAAAUCACAUUUUAUUUGUCACAUGCGCCGAAUACAGUGAAAUGCUUGCUUACAAGCCCUUGACCAACAAUGCAGUUUUAAGAAAGAAUACCAAUAAAAAUCACAAAAAAAUACAAUAUAAAUUAAUAAGAAAUAAAAGUAACAAAUAAUUAAAGAGCUGCAGUAAAAAUAACAAUAGCGAGGCAAUUUGCAGUGGGUACCGGUACUGAGUCAAUGUGCGGGGGCACCGGUUAGUCGAGGUAAUUGAGGUAAUAUGUACACUACCGUUCAAAAGUUUGGGGUCACUUAGAAAUGUCCUUGUUUUCCAUGAAAACAUACAUGAAAUGAGUUUGAAUAGGAAAUAUAGCAAAAUGAAUAGGAAAUGUAGUCAUUGACAAGGUUAAAAAUAAUGAUAUUUAAUAGAAAUAAUAAUUGUGUCCUUCAAACUUUGCUUUCGUCAAAUAAUCCUCAAUUUGCAGCAAUUACAAUUUGCAGACCUUUGGCAUUCUAGUUGUCAAUUUGUUGAGGUAAUCUGAAGAGAUUUCACCCCAUGCUUCCAGAAGCACCUUCCACAAGUUGGAUUGGCUUGAUGGGCACUUCUUACGUACCAUACGGUCAAGCUGCUCCCACAACAGCUCAAUAGGGUUGAGAUCCGGUGACUGUGCUGGCCACUCCAUUAUAGACAGAAUACCAGCUGACUGCUUCUUCCCUAAAUAGUUAUUGCAUAGUUUGGAGCUGUGCUUUGGGUCAUUGUCCUGUUGUAGGAGGAAACUGGCUCCAUUCAAAGCCGUCCACAGGGUAUGGCAUGGGGUUGCAAAAUGGAGUGAUAGCCUUCCUUCUUCAAGAUCCCUUUUACCCUGUACAAAUCUCCCACUUUACCACCACCAAAGCACCCCCAGACCAUCACAUUGCCUCCACCAUGCUUGACAGAUGGCAUCAAGCACUCCUCCAGCAUCUUUUCAUUUGGUCUGCGUCUCACAAAUGUUCUUCUUUGUGAUCCGAACACCUCAAACUUCGAUUAGUCUGUCCAUAACACCUUUUUUCAAUAUUCCUCUGUUCUUUUGCCCACCUUAAUAUUUUAUUUUUAUUGGCCAGUCUGAGAUAUGGCUUUUUCUUUGCAACUAUGCCUAGAACGUCAGCAUCCUGGAGUCGCCUCUUCGCUGUUGACGUUGAGGCUGGUGUUUUGCGGGUACUAUUUAAUGAAGCUGCCAGUUGAGGACCUGUGAGGCGUUUGUUUCUCAAAUUAGACACUAAUGUAUUUGUCCUCUUGCUCAGUUGUGCACCGGGGCCUCCCACUCCUCUUUCUAUUCUGGUUAGAGCCAGUUUGUGCUGUUCUGUGAAGGGAGUAGUACACAGCGUUGUACGAGAUCUUCAGUUUCUUGGCAAUUUCUCACAUGGAAUAGCCUUCAUUUCUCAGAACAAGAAUAGACUGACGAGUUUCAGAAGAAAGCCAUUUUGAGCCUGUAAUCGAACCCACAAUUGCUGAUGCUCCAGAUACUCAACUAGUCUCAAGAAGGCCAGUUUUAUUGCUUCUUUAAUCAGCACAACAGUUUUCAGCUGUGCUAACAUAAUUGCAAAAGGGUUGUCUGAUGAUCAAAUAGUCUGGGUAGCCAUUUGAUUAGAUGUUCAGGAGUCUUAUGGCUUGGGGGUAGAAGCUGUUUAGAAGCCUCUUGGACCUAGACUUGGCGCUCCGGUAGCUUUUGCCGUGCGGUAGCAGAGAGAACAGUCUAUGACUAGGGUGUCUGGAGUCUUUGACAAUUCCUAUGACAUUGGGUGCUGUAGGUGUCCUGAAGGGCAGGCAGUGUGCCCCCGGUGAUGCGUUGGGCAGACCGCACCACCCUCUGGAGAGCCCUGCGGUUGCGGGUGGUGCAGUUGCCGUAACAGGCUGUGAUAGGUUUGUGAGGGUCGUAGGGGCCAAGCCGAAUUUCUUCAGCCUGCUGAGGUUGAAGAGGCGCUGUUGCGCCUUCUUCACCACACUAUCUGUGUGGGUGGACCAUUUCAGAUUGUCAGUGAUGUGUACGCAGAGGAACUUGAAGCUUUUCACCUUCUCCAUUGCAGUCGCGUCGAUGUGGAUAGGGGCGUGCUCCCGCUGCUGUUUACUGAAGUCCACGAUCAGCUCCUUCAUUUUAACGUUGAGGGAGAGGUUAUUUUCCUGGCACCACUCCGCCAGGGCCCUCACCUCCUCCCUGUAGGCUGUCUCUUCAUUGUUGGUAUUCAAGCCUAGUACUGUUGUGUCGUCUGCAAACUUGAUGAUUGAGUUGGAGGCCUGCGUUGCCACGCAGUCAUGGGUGAACAGGGAGUACAGGAGGGUGCUGAGUACGCAUCCUUGUGGGGCCCCCAUGUUGAGGAUCAGUGAAGUGGAGGUGUUUCCCACCUUCACCACCUGGGGGUGGCCCGUCAGGAAGUCCAGGACCCAGUUCCACAGGGCGGGGUUCAGACCCAGGGCCCCAAGCUUAAUGAUGAGCUUGGAGGGUACAAUAGUGUUGAAGGCUGAGCUAUAGUCAAUGAACAGCAUUCUUACAUAGUUAAUCCUCUUGUCCAGAUGGGAUAGGGCAGUGUGAUGGCAAUUGCAUCAUCUGUGGAUCUAUUGGGGCAGUAUGCAAAUUGAAGUUGGUCUAGGGUAUCAGGUAAGGUAGAGGUGAUAUGAUCCUUAACUAGCCUCUCAAAGCACUUCAUGAUGACCGAAGAGAGUGCUACGGGGCGAUAGUCAUUGAGUUCAGUUACCUUUGCUUUCUUGGGUACAGGAACAAUGGUGGACAUCUUGAAGCAAGUGGGGACAGCAGACUGGGAUAGGGAGAGAUUGAAUAUGUCCGUAAACACUCCAGCCAGCUGUUCUGAGGACGCGGCUAGGGAUGCCGUCUGGGCUGGCAGCCUUGCGAGGGUUAACACGCUUAAAUGUCUUACUCACGUCGGCCACGGAGAAUGAGACCCACAGUCCUUGGGAGCGGGCCGCGUCGGUGACACUGUGUUAUCCUCAAAGCGGGCAAAGAAAGUGUUUAGCUUGACCGGGAGCAAGACGUCGGUGUCUGCGACGUGGCUGGUUUUCCCUUUGUAAUCCGUGAUUGUCUGUAAACCCUGCCACAUACGUCUUGUGUCUGAGCCGUUGAAUUGACUCCACUUUGUCUCUGUAAUGACGUUUUGCCUGUUUGAUGGCCUUAUGGAGGGCUGUGACUUUAACUGAAGAGAAUUCUCUUGGGAGGUAAUACAAAAUUGCUUAGGAGCUAGAAGCAGAGCUGCCAUGUCUGUCGGCACCAUCUUGCACCUUGAAGACUACAAUGGCUGUGUCCCAAAUGCCACCAUAUUCCCGGUAUAGUGGGGGGGGGUCAAAUGUAAACACUUUCAUUUUCUCUUUCUCUCUCUCUCAGGGCCAUGGGGAGAGGAGGAGGAGUGGACGGAUAAGGCACGGCGGGUCAUUAUGGAGAGGAUUGGCUUGGCCACGGCUGGGUGAGUCAGGGGCCAAUCUCCUGCCUCAUUAACACUGAAUGAGAUGUUCAGACCCUAGCUCUCUCUCACACACUCACACACUUUUCUCGUCCCUCCCAGAGAGCCCUACCAUGAUAUCCGCUUCAACCUGAUGGCAGUGGUUCCAGACCGCAGGGUGAAGUAUGAGUCCAAACUGGAGAUCCUGAAGAGGAACAGACAGAUGGUACUGGAGGGGCUACAGCAGGUCAGGAGACACAGGGGCGUGUGUGUGUGCGCGUGCGCGGUGGCAGGUAGCCUAGCGGUUAAGAGCGUUGGGCCAGUAACUGAAAGGUCGCUGGUUCGAAUCACUGAGUCGACUAGGUAAAACAAGUCUGUCAAUGUGCCCUUGAGCAAGGCACUUAACCCUAAUUUCUCUUGAUAAGAGCGCCUGCAAAAUGAUUAAAGUGUGUGUGUGUAAAAUGUAAACUAUCAAACGGUUCUGGAGGGGCUACAGUAGGUCUGGACACAGACUGAGGAGCCCACUGAUAUGGCCCAGUGAGAAUGUGCAUGUCUGUAUAUCUGUUUAUAUGUGUCUGUAGGUGCAUUCGUUUUAGCUUGCCUGGUGCCCAGCUGGUAACUAAGGCAAGGAGUGGUCUAAAAUGUGCAAAUCUCCCAGCUGGUGCCCUCGGUUAGCUAAAACAAAUGCACCCAUAGACACAUACAAACAGAUAUACAGAAAUGCACAACGUCUCUGUCCGAUUGACUUGACAUGAGUGUGACCUGUUCCCCAGCUGAUCCGGGUCACCCAGCCAGAGCUUGUACAGGACAGGAAGCAGCCAGACUCCUCCCCCUCAGAGGACACGCCCCCUGCUAUCAAGAAAGAAGAGGCGGACCCUCAACCUGUUACAUCACAGGGUGCUGAGCAGACUCCUCCCACAUGUAUUAAAUUCAGCUCCGAAAAAAUCCCCAAUGUAGAUUCUCUUUAUAGACAUGAGAAUGUGAGUCUGUGGAUGCCUCCCAAAUGUGACCCUAUUCCCUUUAUAGUGCACUACUUUUGCCCAGGGGCCCUGUCGAAAGUAGCGCGCUAUAUAUGGAAUAUGGUGUCAUUUGGGACGCAGCCUAACGCAGGGUAUGACGUGCUUCAACUGGUACACUGACAUUCAUGGACAUGACCUUGUGUUCCCCUGUUGUGCAAACACAGCAGCCCAGUCCCAAUUGGCCCCGAGCCCCUCAGGCAAGGGGAAAGCCAUGGGGAAACCAGCCGCCCCAUUGGGGGGAGCGGGAACCUCCCAGCCUGUCACCAGCCCCAACCCCAUUGUCCCUCGCCUGCCCGCCUUCUUGGACAACCACAACUACGCCAAGUCCCCCAUGCAGGUCAGGGGGGAACGGGUUAUGUGACACAACUCAACAUUUCCACACAAAUCUCUUAUUGACAUUAAUGCACGAUGAUUUUCACAACAGUCUUGACUUACACACUCAUAUCUCAAGUUAAGGUUCGACUUCGAGAAGCCAAUACUGUAUGUUUGCCUUGGCAAGGUCGCUGAUUGGUUGUUCUCUGUGAUUGACAGGAGGAGGAGGACCUUGCGACAGGGGUGACAGGGGUGGGUCGUCCCCGGGUGCCCGGCGCGCCCCAGCCCCCCUACUCUGAUGACGAUGACUAUGAGGAUGAAGAGGAGGAAGACACUGGCACACCCACCAGGUCAGCUCCUCCACAUCACAUGGGCCCGUAUUCACAAAGCGUCUCAUCGUAGGAGUGCUGAUCUAGGAUCAAAAUGUUCUCUUCCAAGCAAUUGGAGUGCUUGAAAUGUAUUGGUUAUGUUUGUGCAUUUGUGUGUAUGUGUGUGUGUGUGUGUGUGUGUGUGUAGGUUCAGGCGUAAAGGGGUGCUACGUUCCCGUACAGGCCGUGUCGGGGGUGGCGGCAGUGGCGUGGAGACCAAGCUGGCGCACGGUGUCCUGGCUGAGAAACUCAAGAAGGAAGUCCAGAGGAAGGACUCUCUGGCCACGCCCCUCUCCGUCCGUACCGAGGGCCGCACGGGGGGCAUCGUGAUCACGGCCGCCUCCCAGCCCUCGCCCACACCCAGCAACGAGAGCACCGACACCGCCUCGGAGAUCGGCAGCGCCUUCAACUCGCCACUGCGCUCCCCGGCCCGGUCCCAGGCGGCCACACGGCCCUCCAGCCCCGUGGCGUCCCACCUGUCCCGGGUAUUGUUCGGGGAGGAUGAGGGUCUGCUGAGGCUGGAUGCCAGGCACAACCGGGCCGUCAGAGAGCUGGGGCCCUCCGUCAGCACCGCCCUGCUGCACCUACAGGAGGACGGGGUUAUAUACACUGUACCGCCACCCGGUGAGGAAGGACGGGUGUGUGUGUGUGUGAGAGCGAUUGAGGUAUUGGACCUGUGGGGAAGUGAACAUGGGCACUCGAUUAAGAUCAUCAUCAUAAAUUACAUUUCAAAGAGCAUCUGUUUACCUUCAGACCUAAUUACAUAAUCCAUAUUAAUACCUGGAUUAUACUAAUCUAAUACCAGAGUCACACAGCUCUUGAGAUGCAAGAGAUAAACAAUGUAUUAGCAAACGGAAGCGUAUGGAAGACGAUAUCACUGAGUUGAUAGCAGACCUGGGUUCAAACACUAUUUGAAAUAUUUUAAAAUACUUUCUGUGCUUAAUUGAGCUUGCCUGUUGCAAAGUGCAAACCCCACCCAGGCUGGCAUUCCAGGCAGGCUAAAGCAAACACUCAAAGUAUUUGAAAGAUGUCAAAAGAGUAUUUGAACCCAGGUCUGGUUUAUAGCUGCUAAAUAGGUAUGUUUCUUGCCUGUACAGCUGAUACACCUCUUGAAGAGAAGAAGGCCGGCGCUCCAGAGAAGGUAAAAGAGCAGGGGAGAAAUCCAGCAGGAAAGGGGGAAGGAGUGAAGGAGGAGGGGAAGGAGGGACCAUUGGUGGAGGUGAAAGAGGAAGAGAUCAAAGACGCAACAGAGGUCAAACCCAGCAAGGAAACGGUCAUCUCCACGGAAACCGUUGGAAGCAGCAAGCCUUCUGUGGAGAAAUACUCUCCUAAAGUAAGUCCUCUCUCUCUAUCCUAUCUAAAUCCAGAUAUGUUUCUGAGAGAGAUUUUAUGUUAUCACCAAAUGUCACAGUUGGUGUUUCUCUCUUGUUUCCUGCAGGAGCUGCUUGCUCUGCUCAAGUGUGUGGAGGCUGACAUCGCCAACUAUGAAGUGUUUCUUAAAGAGGAGGUGGAGAAGAGGAAAAAAUACAAGGUUAUAAUACAGAAUAGUAAAGUUGCUCUAAAGCAGAGCCAUUCAAAGGUUUAAUCACAGACAUCCAAAUCUAUGUGGGCAGGUUUAUGUGUGUUAUGUAUGCUAUGUGUGUUUUGUAUGUUGGUGUGCUAAUCAAAAUGUUCACCCAUGUUUUGACCAGAUUGAUGACCAGAGGAGGACCCAUAAUUAUGACGAGUUCAUCUGCACCUUUAUAUCCAUGCUGGCACAAGAAGGUAAGGCCACCUCUUUCCUUUGGUACAACAACCUAGGUGGAUUUUCAUGCACAUCCAGUCUUCUCCUCUCCCUCCCUCUCAUAUAUGAACUAAUCUCUUAGCUCUAUAUUUCACCUCUACUGCCUGCUGUGCAGUCAGAGGUCCAUGCUGGCUGAGAGUAGUUAAUAAAUUAUGCUUUUUCUUCUCUUGACAAGGGUUUUCAUGUGAUUUAAUGCAGGAAAUGUGAUAUAACAUUUACCAGAUCAUAGGCCAUUUUACAGGAACCUCUUUAAAUCAAUUCACUGGAGUUCAUUGUCAUUUCUCCUCAUCGCUUUCUAUCUCCUCUUGUCUGCAGGCAUGUUGGCCAGUUUGGUCGAGCAGAAUAUAUCUGUGCGUCGUCGCCAGGGAGUGAGCAUCGGACGUCUACACAAACAGAGGAAACCAGACCGCAGGAAACGCUCGCGACCCUACAAGGCCAAGCGCCAGUGACCCCAGGAAGUGCUCGCUUGGAGUCACUGUGCACCAAUCACAGCAGAGAAAAGGCAAAAACCCUUGUUGCACUCAUGAGACUGUCCUGUGACUUCAGGGAGAAAAGGACUUAUUCAUAUUGUUGUAUUUUAAUGUCCGUUUUUUACUUCAUCCAAUGGACCAUCUGUUGAUUAGUUGAACCAAAUUAUGUAUGCUUUCCUGUAAGAGGAAGAGUAAUAAAUAAAUAGAAAACUGAUAUGUACUGUAUGUAUGUUAGAUUGCAUCCCAAAUGGCACCUUAUUCCCUAUAUAGUGCACUACCCUAUGGGCCCUGGUCAAAAUAGUG